AUGGAUCAUGAAGGAUUGUCAGGCUGGAGCGCUUCCAGAGAUGAUGUGGAAGGACUCUUCAGUGACUACGAACCCUCGGGUCCUAAUCCAGAAAACCAGAGGUCAGCUUGGAGGGACCCGAACAUUGUGGCUUCGCCUUUGCAGUCGUCGCAGUAUCUAGCGGAUACAUCUUUCUCCAGAGUUAUCAGGUCGCCGCUUCCACAGGUCACAGGUAGUCCUUCAAGGCCCUUAUCGCAACGAAGAGCUGCGUCUGCAAGCCAGGUUUUGGCAAGUAACUAUGGUGAACACAGCAUAUCGACAACUUCAUUCGAGCCUCCGCUUCGAUCUAUCUUCGUAUCUGGCCCUCCGACUGCUUCUAUCUCGGCAAAUACUGCCCUGGCAUCAAUGAGUGGUGCAAUCUCUUCCGGUACCACAGGACCUUUAGCGGCAUUGACACACGCUGGCGCUAGCCGUCGAAGCACUAGCCGGCACGGUGAUACUGUCCCUUCAACAUCUGUGAUAGCGAAGAGACAACCUCUCAACAGCUCGGAGAAAGACGUCGAUGACCCAACGACCAGCUCUGCGACAAAUGCUAUGGAUAUUGCCUCGGCAAGCACCCCAGCAACUGUCUCGGGACUAUUUGUACCUGGUGAUGCACGGAGCCCAAGUUUGUCCACAGGCCCAUCCUAUCUCCGCGCCAUUUCGGGCGUUGGCCGCAGUAUAGGUGACACCUCUACUCUGACCGGUCACCUAUUCCACGUUGGUUUUGAGGAAGGGCGCCACUCUGAUAUAACCGUGCACGCCUUCGGACAAGCAUAUAAACUUCAUAAACUGUUACUGGAUCGAGUCCCGUUCUUUGCUUCGGCGUUUUCGGGAUCGUGGGCAGAGAGUAGUGCCAAGGAAAUGACUAUAGUGCCUGAGGAUAUCGAUGCAAACAUUACAAAGACCGCAUUUGAGCUUGCCUUGAAGAGGAUAUAUGGCACACAGUUUCCACUACAAGAAGAAGAAGAAGCCAUUGGACUUUUCGCAACGGGCUGUUGGCUCGACAUGCCUGACCUGGUUGAUUCAUGCGUCGAAAGCAUUCUUCGCCAAAUGCAGCCAUCUACGCUUGCCAGCCUCAUCAAGCUCGUUACCAACAACUACUAUGGCAAACCGGGAGAUCGCAUCCUUGCCUCGGCGAAAGCUAUGUUGUGUAGGGACGGUUGGGAGAUGCCAUAUGAGUUCUGGGACGAGAUCCCUGCAGAGAUCAUUCGUGAAAUAGUCGGUGGUGACCCUUUCUUCGUGCCUGGAGAAUGGGACCGAUGGUACUUGGCGGUGAAGCUCCUCAACCGUCGUCUUAGAGCCAAAGCCGUCGAGAAUGGCCUCGUGUCUCUCGGAGGACGAUACAUCCAUCCCAAGCCGAAUAGCCUGAGGUUUUUUGCCGUGAGAUUUGAUGCCCCGUACCGGAUUGCGGGUAACAACCGGUAUGUGUCUGAAAAGGACGACGCAUGGAUUGCGUUGUAUACCACACCCGAGGUCGCACCGCUGUUGGUCCUUCUUGAUGAAGGAAUCCACUACGUGCAUCUCCGAUUCGAGCAGCUGCAGCAGAUUCGCUCUCACCGCGACAUUCUUGGGGUUCCCAUACUACCAGAAAAGGUGAUAUCUGAUGCUUUGUGGAUGUCCAUGGAGCUUCGUCAGAAGGUUCUCAACGCCCGAGACGCAGAUAUUGAGCUAGGAUUGAGCGAAGUUGCGGACGAUUAUGAAGUUGUUGUCGGAGAACAAGAGGCCUCGGCCUUGGUCAAAGGCAAGGCAAGGGAGCAAGACGAGAUGAGUGAAAUUGGUCUGGAGAUGGAGUCUGGUUCCUGGGACGGCAACGGCAAACCGAGGAAGUUCUGGAUCCCUGGUCACGAUGUGUCCUGCGUGAUGGGUGGGACUCGCGAGGCCUGUAGUGCAUCGAACGCAACAAUUGGCGCCGACUGGAGCACGAAUGCAGCCAGGCUGUCGGCAAGCCUCGAGCCAACAGACGUGGCAUGGGCUUUCGACUUCACCGGCCAAAACGUGAUUGAAGGUGGCAGGCCUCCUUCACGAAACUAUUCGCCAGAGGACGCACCACGCUUUAGCCAUUAUCCUCCGUUUCGCUUCUCUGCAGAGUUCCCCAACCCGAGGUCCCUCAAGGAGAAAAAGCGUAUCUACUCGCAGACGGUGUGGUACGCAGGGAGUCUCUGGAACCUCUACAUUCAACGCGUGAACAAUUCCAAAUCGCAACAACUCGGAAUUUACCUCCAUCGUGCAAAGGAUAAGGAUCCCAAUGAUGAUCCACUGGCUCAGUUCAUUCCUGCCACCGUCGACGAUCGAAUAGGACAGCUCGAGCGCGAGAUGCUGCUUCGGAAGAACGAACGGCGCAACCAGAUCUGGAGGAUCAGUGAGGCUACUGCUCGGGGGUCGGAACCUGAUCGAGAGGAUACCCCUUCGACAUCUACCGAGUUUGAUCCUGGGACCGCCGCCCGCUUUGGCGACACAGAAAGCUCACCUGCCGAGAGUCGAAAAGGCGGAAGUGUACCCACCACCACCACCACCAACAACAACAACAAAACUUCACACAUGCCGAGCAACACGGUGGAGCCUGGUGGGGAAGCCAGCGUUCCAGGUUCGCAGAUGCUGGAUGAAGACGAAGAAGACGAAGAGCUCGUGCGCAGAAACCGGAAAUACAAUGUUUCCACGAUGCCCCCUUAUAUGGACUCGCGGCCCACGAUCCGGACCUAUUUCAAGAUAUAUUCGCCUAGCAAGGCUGGUCGGCUGUUGAGCAUUUACGAGAGCGCUCCGGAUCGGUUCGACGUAAGCAAGAGCUGGGGGUGGAAGAGUAGCCAGAUGCAACUCGACGAUGGGAUGGGUGGGCUGGACGCCAACAAGAGCAGCAAGGACAACAAAUUGCGGUAUAUGGUUGUGAUUGGGAACGUUUGA